AACUUUUACUUCACAAACAAUACAACAAAGAAGAGGUCUUACACAGACACCCACAUCUCUCCCACCAUUUCACCUUCACUUUGCCUUUCUUUUUCUUUUUCCACACCCAUUUCUCAGAUUCUUGCACUUCUCUUCCCCUUUCAAGAUUGUACAGAUUCCCCAUUAAUAACCCUUCUUAAUCUCUCUAUUUCUCAAUUUCUGAUGAUUUUUGGGUCUUUUUCUCUCUGAAUUCCCUUUUUUCUUCAGUUUUCAUCUCUUUUUUGGGGGUUUUGAGACUUUUUUAGGCAAAACUCUUCUGGGUCUUCAAGAAAUUGCUUGUUUCUGCAGUUUUCCUUUCUGGGUUCUUCCUUUUCUUUGCAGAAAAGGGUUUUGUGCUGAAAAACCAAUCAUAUUUUUGUGAAUAAUUUUGUUUUUUACCUUUGUAAUUUGCUUUAUCUACUUUGAGGGGAAAUUUUUUAAAGGAAGAGAAGGUCAUGGGCAAACAAGGGCCUUGCUAUCACUGUGGAGUUACAAGCACACCACUCUGGCGUAAUGGACCUCCUGAUAAACCUGUAUUGUGCAAUGCCUGCGGAUCUCGAUGGAGGACGAAGGGAACUCUUACAAACUAUACCCCUCUUCACGCUCGGGCGGAUCCUGAUGAGUGUGAGGAUAAAAGGGUCUCUAAGUGGAAGAACUUGUCAAUGUGUAAGAACAAAGAAGUGAAACUGCUUAAAAGAAAACAGUAUCAAGAUAAUGGAGUUGUGGUUGGGGUUAUCCCUGAUCAUGCUCAGAGCUUCCACAAGGCAGUCGAUGAAGAUACGAGUUAUAGAUCAAGUUCGGGAUCGGCCAUAUCAAACUCGGAGAGCUGUCAACAAUUUGGUAGUGCAGAUGCAAGUGAUCUGACAGGCCCCUCACAGUCAACAGCGUGGGAGACGAUAGUGCCCUCGAGAAAGAGGACCUGUGUUGGUCGUUCGAAGUCUACUGCAGUUGAGAAACUCACUCAAGAUCUAUACACGAUUUUACGUGAACAGCAGUCUUACUUCUCUGGAUCUUCCGAGGAGGAUUUGCUUUUUGAUAACGAAACUCCGAUGGUCUCUGUAGAGAUAGGACAUGGAAGCGUUCUCAUAAGGCAUCCAAGUUCGAUUACCCGAGAAGAGGAGUCGGAAGCAAGCUCGAUUUCAGUUGAUAAUAAACAAUUCACCGUAAACGAGGUUUAUUCAGAGCCCUCCAUCCUUCCUGUACAUUAUGAAGCUGACAACAAGACUGUAAAUUUUUCCACUCUUGGAAUUGGGAGAAAGCACUCUAAUGGACAAUGGUUCUUGCAGGAACAAAUUAAAAGGGGCAGACCUCAAUCAGAAAAAACGCAAGCACUUGGAAACCGUAACUCGCCGCUCUGUAAUAUAGAUCUAACGGACAUUCUCAACUUCAGGGAGUUUACGAAGCAAUUGACGAGCGAAGAUCAGCAAGAGUUAAUGAAGUAUCUUCCGUCUGUUGAUACCGAAGAGCUUCCCGACAGCUUGAAUAGCAUGUUUGAAAGCCCUGAAUUCAAGGAGAAUUUGAAUUCUUUUAAGCAGCUGCUCACUGAAGGAGUGUUCGAUUUCUCCUUUCCGGGUGCGAAAAGAGAAGACUGCAGGAGUUUGAGUAGGCUCGUGUUGUGGGAUUUGUCAAAAUCGAAAUGGGUGGAACGGUAUCAUUUACUCAAGAAAUGUAGCAGUGGAGUGGCUGUUCAAGGUUUUGCUGCUGCAUCAAGUGGCUUUAUGAAUGGAAAGAGAGUGCUUGAUGGCCAAAACAAAAAGCUUUCAGAAACCAGGACUGCAAUGAAGAGUCCCAAAAGGGGGACGACAAAGACGAGCGUGGAAAGCAAGGAACUCGUCGACAGCGACGGUUCUUGCUUCAGUCCAAGAAGUUUAUUUGCUUUGCCUUCUGAUGGAGGUUCCUUCACAUUGGAAUCUCUCCAUUUCGACGAGGAUAGUUCGGACCAGGAUCUCCUAUUGGAUGUGAGGUCGAACAACUCCUUUCCUCAAGCCGAGCUCCUUCAUCCGUCCCUGAGUUUCGGUACUCCACAGGCAAGCAAUAGUAGUAGCUCGGUAAAUCUUCGACUUAUGCAUCAUUGACAAUUUCGAAGAAGCACCAUAGUUUCGUAACUUAAAAAAGUAUAACUUUUCUCGUGCUUGUUGAAAUUGGAAAUGAAAAUCGUCUCGAUGUGGGUCAUGGUUGAUUUCUCUUCUUUACCCUUUCAACCGCCCUUAUAAACUCGAAACUAUAAGGGGAAGGGGGGGAUUUGGGUAGGCUUUUUUGUAAAUGCUACCACUGGUAAUAUAUAGCUCCCAUCUCAGAAGUUAUAAAGUUUAGAUUUUUGUACA